UAUCAAACCAAAAUCACAGCCUCUUGUCUUGCCAUUGUUGUAUCUUCUUCACUUCACUCCUCUCCAGUUCUUCCCCUCCUCAAAUCAUUCAAGAAACGCCCCACCAGAUAUGAAUAUUGCUGCUUCUCUAUCUUCACUCGCCGCCCUGCGCCUUCCUGUUUGUCUCCAUUGUUUCCGAACCUUCAGAACACCCAUUUCCUUCCCUUCUCUAUCCUUAAAUCCCCCAAGUUUGCAUAUCUUUUCGUCGAUGACUUCUUCCUUUACUGCGUCCAUGUCUACUUCCUCACCUCUGGCCCCCGAUCUGCUUGCUGUGGAGGAGAACAAGCCCGCGCCGCCGCCCAAGCCAUGGCUGAUCGUUGGCCUUGGGAAUCCCGGGAAGAAGUAUGAACGCACGCGCCAUAAUGUAGGUUUUGAGAUGGUGGAUGCUGUUGCUGUGGUUGAAGGGAUAUCCAUGAGUAGUGCUUCCUUCAAAGCUCUGAUCGGGAAAGGUUUCAUCGGGGAUGUUCCUGUAAUGCUUGCCAAGCCACAAACUUUCAUGAAUGCAAGUGGUGAGUCUGUUGGUGCUAUUGUUUCCUACUAUAAAAUUCCAUUGAAGCAAGUCCUUGUGAUAUUCGAUGACUUAGAUUUGCCUUUUGCCAAAUUGCGGAUGCUGCCAAAGGGUGGCCAUGGAGGACAUAAUGGGAUGAGGAGUAUUAUUGAUCACUUGAAAGGCAGUCGUGAUUUCCCUCGGUUAAGAAUAGGCAUUGGGCGCCCUCCCGGGAAAAUGGAUGCUGCGAACUUUGUUAUGCGCCCCUUCAACAAACAAGAACGAGAAGAGUUGGAUUUUACAAUGCAAGUAGGAGUAGAUGCUAUACGGAUACUUUUGCUGGAGGGGUUUAACAAAAGUGCAACAUUUGUCAACACCAACAAACCUCUGGAACAAAUAGGCUGAAAACAUUCAUUAUUUAAACGUUUUUAUGGACUCUAAUAGGGCUCCCCCAUCCAUUUUAUUUACUGUAUCAAACUGCUUUAGAAACUGCUUUAUACACAGGCGGCAUUCGCUACCAGUUUCAACUCUUCUACCAACAUCCUUGAAAGCUUUGGAUAGGAUUAUGGGGGAGGAAGACAAGAGAAUGAGUGUAAUUUUUGAACCCCAUCAAUGUAAUCACAUCGUCUUUCUUAUUGAAGCCUCUCUCUCUGUCUCUUGAAUUGAAAUAUGUUAAGACAUAAAGUAGUGAUCUUUGAAGAGAUGAAUGAAGCCAAUAACCUCCCCCACCAUGCAGCAAAGAGACCGAUGAAAGUUGAGGACAGGAAUUGAUAGAAGGGAGCAAGCUGCCUCUACGGCUCUACCUAACUUGGAAUGCUUUAAUUAUCUCAUCUUGACAUCACCGAGGGAGGCUAUUCUUUGCCUGUCUUGUCAUCUUCUUCUCCUCUAUGCAUUUUCUCUGUAGUUUAACCAUUCGCGUCCUGUAUUCUUCAUGUUUGUCUUGCCUGUGUUUUCAGGUUUCUGGUGAAUGCCAUCCCUAUGGAAUUGCCUCAUACGUGGAUGAUUUCCUGCAGGUGGAUCCCACAUAAUUUUGAAUGUACGUCAUAUGCUUCAAAAACUAAUUAUUUCAUGGUAUUUGUGUUUAUUUAUUUAUUUUUAAAUUGAUUCCUACUA